AUGAGCUUGCUAAUCUUAUUCAUUCCGAUGCUAAAAUCGAAAUUGACAUGUUAAAGUUAUCUGAUUAGGUAAAACUGAUCUAUUAAGGAAUGGAGCUUGGAUUGUUAUAGCUUCAUCCGGGAAAGCAACUUAUCCUGUUGUUAUGAUGAGCAGAUAUUUAGAAAGGGCUAGGUUUGCCUGAUAUUUUCGCUAUUGGUACGCAUAGUCUAAGGAGAGGCGGGGCUAUUGCUGCCGCAAAUGCUUGUGUUCCAGAUUGCCUUUUUAAGCGGCAUGACUGCUGGUCUAGUGAAUCUGCUAAGGAUGGUUACGUUAAAGAUUCUUUAUCCUCGCGUUCGUCUGUUUCUUACGCCUUAGGUAUUUAGUUUUCUCGUACAUAUCUUUUUUUCAUUUUUCCUAGAAUCUCUCUAGUUGGUCUUGCCAGGGAGACCGUUGAAUAUGGAGUACAGCUGUCUAGGAUUUUCCUCCUAGGAGCAAGUGGACGUACAGGAAGGAUUUUUGUUACACGGAUUAUUUUGUUAGUUUGUUCAUUACUCUUGUAUGAUUAUGUUCUGUAA